GCUAGUCAUGGACAACGAUUCCGAUGAUGAUCUUCUCUUGCUGCUUCACUUGCGACGCAGACGCAAGAAGGCCAAAUCAAAACACCGAAGACGUAUGUGGGUACGUCCAAUAUUUCAGCAAAGGCGCCACCAAGGUGAUUUUCACCAGUUACUACAAGAACUGCGCCGUAACGACCCAGAAAGCCAUUUCCGUUUUUUGAGAAUGUCCAAGGAGACGUUCGAUUGUCUUGUCGAGAAAUUGACCACUUCACUAACAACAAGGUUCUACCGAAGUGGAACAGGAGCAGAAAUCUCUCCAGCUGAAAGAUCUGCUGUCAUGUGCUUGAGAGGAUACACAACAAAUACAAAUAUGAAGGAGGCAUCGAGCAAUCUGUGGCCAUUAGCUGCCUAGUUCACAAACUCAGUAGUAACUUUCUUUGCUUACAAAAUAGUUUUCUCUAAUACCCUUAUUAGUAUCUUAUUGCAUUUAUAGCAGAUGUUGCUAGCACAAACACUCUAGUUUCAGUGCUUAGUGUUUCAUUGCAUAUGUAGCAGUAUGGACGUAGCGCAAAUCUGUUCAAAUAGAUGUUGUGUGUAUUAUUAUUGUUGUUGUUUUGUUGUUAUUAUUAUCAUUACCUUUGGU